AUGACGAUUGCUGGUCUGUUUAUUGCCGCCAUACCUCCAGCGGCAGCACGAUUUGCCGAUGGUCGCCGGGGUUGGUGUUUUUACGAAUGUCUGGUUAAUUUGUGUAAUUCCUGCGACGAUGUCGGUGUUAAGAAGCAGACAGCUUUGCUGAUUGGGCUAUGGCUACGUUGCUCGAACGACGCUGCUAAUGAGCGACGAGGACGACGGGAGACCGGUGGUCACGGCCCUUGCCCCAAGGCCACUCCACUGAUUAGCCUCGUUUGUUUGAGGUUCGACGGUCGCUCCUCUCCUCGUGUCCCUUCCUCUGUGGCCGGGCUGAUGACUUCACCGUUUUGGUCCUUGUGGUUGUGCUUCCGACCAGACUCGAUGUUGCCAGCUCUUGCUUCCGCUUCGAACAAAUUCGAUUACUCGUCGGCGGUCGUCGUGUCGAGUGGAUCGACCGACCAGUUGACCAAAUGA